AGAAGCUCAAAAUUUGAGAAAGAUGAUCAGAAGUAGAUCUGAAAGCCCAAGACGCCCAUCUCCAUCUUCUGGGGGUACAAACUGUGAUGUAGAGCUUUUGAAGACAAGAAGAGACCGUGAAAAACUCAAAUGCAUGCUGGAAAAAUAUGAGCGUCAUUUGGUAGAAAUUCAGGGUAAUGUCAAGGUUCUCACAUCUGAGAGAGACAAGGCCUCUUUUCUGUAUGAGCAGGCACAGGAAGAAAUUGCCCGACUUCGACGAGAAAUGAUGAAAAGCUGUAAGUCUCUUAAAUCAACAACAGCACAUGCCAUCCUCCAGCGGGUGGAGACUGAGAGAGAUGUGGCCUUCACUGAUUUACAAAGAAUGACCACAGAACGAGAUCGUCUAAGGGAAAGGCUAAAGAUUGCCCAAGAGACAGCAUUUAAUGAGAAGGCUCACUUGGAACAAAGGAUAGAGGAGCUGGAGUGUACAGUUCAAAAUCUUGAUGAUGAACGUAUGGAACAAAUGUCAAAUAUGACUUUGUUGAAGGAAACCAUAACCACCAUGGAAAAAGAAAUGAAAUCACUAGCAAGAAAGGCAGUGGAUACUGCAAGUGAACUUGGCAGACAAAAAGCAGAGAAUAAUUCUUUGAGACUUUUAUAUGAAAACACAGAAAAAGAUCUUUCUGAUACUCAACGACACCUUGCUAAGAAAAAAUAUGAGCUACAGCUUACUCAGGAGAAAAUUAUGUGCUUGGAUGAAAAAAUUGAUAAUUUUACAAGACAAAAUAUUGCCCAGCGAGAAGAAUUCAGCAUUCUCGGUGCAACCCUCAAUAAUCUGGCUAAAGAAAAGGAAUGCCUGCAAGCAUGUUUGGAUAAAAAAUCUGAGAAUAUUGCAUCCCUUGGAGAGAGUCUGGCAAUUAAAGAAAAGACCAUGUCAGGCAUGAAGAAUAUCAUUGCUGAGAUGGAACAGGCAUCAAGACAGUCUACUGAAGCCCUAAUUAUGUGUGAACAAGACAUUUCCAGAAUGCGUCGGCAAUUGGAUGAAACAGAUGAUGAGCUGUCUCAGAUUGCCAGGGAAAGGGAUAUCUUGGCUCAUGAGAAUGACAAUCUCCAAGAACAGUUUUCUAAAGCUAAACAAGAAAACCAGGCACUGUCUAAAAAACUGAAUGAUACUCAUAAUGAGCUUACUGACAUUAAACAGAAGGUUCAAGACACUAAUUUGGAGGUUAAUAGACUGAAGAAUAUAUUAAAGUCCAAAGAAUCUGAGAACCGGCAAAUGGUGGACCAACUCCGAAAAGCCAGUGAAGAUGCUGAAAACUGGGAAAAUAAGGCCCGUCAAGCAGAGGCAGAUAACAAUACCCUCAAAUUAGAACUUAUCACUGCUGAGGCAGAAGGUAACAGAUUAAAAGAAAAACUAGAUGCCCUCAACAGAGAGGUCGAGCAGCACUUAAAUGCAGAACGGUCUUACAAGUCCCAGAUUGCUACUUUACAUAAGUCUGCUGUAAAGAUGGAAAAGGAGCUUCAGAAGGUUCAGUUUGAAAAAGUGUCUGCCCUUGCAGACUUGUCUUCCACAAGGGAACUUUGCAUUAAACUUGACUCAAGCAAAGAACUUCUUAAUCGACAGAUGGUUGCUAAAGAUAAAGAAAUAGAAAUGAUGGAGAAUGAGUUCGAUUCUGCUCGUUCUGAAAUAGAACUCCUCAGGAGUCAGAUAACAAAUGAGAGAAUCUCCAUGCAGAAUCUAGAAGCUUUGCUGGUGGCCAAUCGAGACAAAGAAUAUCAGUCUCAGAUAGCACUUCAAGAAAAGGAAUCUGAAAUUCAGCUUCUUAAAGAACACCUUUGUUUGGCAGAAAACAAAAUGUCCAUCCAGAGUAGAGACGUGGCCCAGUUCAGGAACGUCAUAACGCAGUUGGAAGCUGAUUUAGACAUUACCAAGAGACAACUAGGGACAGAGCGCUUUGAAAGGGAAAGAGCUGUGCAAGAACUUCGCCGCCAGAAUUACUCAAUUAAUCCUUAUCAUUUGAGUUCCACAAUAAAGCCAAGUACAAAAUGUCACUCACCAGAACGUGCUCGCCAUCGAUCUCCUGACCGAGGCCUGGAUUGA